AUGGUGAGGCCACGACUGCUGGUAGUGUCAAUGGCUCUUCCAGUUACUGCAAACAGAACUGGAGAAGAAGCAUGGUCUUUCACCAUGAGUCCUGGUGGUCUAGUUAGUGCUCUUCUAGGGUUGAAAGAGUUUGAGACCAAAUGGAUUGGUUGGCCUGGAGUAGAUGUUUAUGAUGCGGUUGGAAAAAAGGCACUCUCCAUUGCUCUAGCUGAAAAGGGCUGUAUCCCGGUGUUUCUAGAAGAAGUUUGUGAUCAGUACUAUAAUGGCUAUUGCAACAAUAUUCUAUGGCCAAUUUUUCACUAUUUAGGAACUCCACCCGAAUAUCGUAAUGAUGCAACUAUUACAUACCAGUCACAGUAUGAUGCAUACAAAAAAGCAAAUCGGAUUUUCUUUGAUGUGGUAAAAGAGCACUAUCAAGAAGGAGAUGUGGUUUGGUGCCAUGAUUAUCAUGUUAUGCUCCUUCCUCAAUACCUGAAAGAAUACAACAAUAAGAUGAAAGUUGGAUGGUUUCUCCAUACACCAUUCCCUUCCCCUGAUAUGUAUAAAACAUUGCCUUCAAGAUCUGAACUGCUUCGCUCAGUUCUUACUGCUGAUUUAGUCGGUUUUCAUACCUAUGAUUUUGCAAGACAUUUUGUGAAUGCAUGCAUGUGUAUACUUGGAGCCGAAGCAACGUCUGAAGUAAUUGUGAAUCAAGACAAAGCCACUCGUGUAGCUGUUUUUCCCAUUGGGAUAGAACCUGAGAGGUUCAUAAACACAAGUAAACUCUCGGAGGUCACAGAAUACAUGAAGAAGUUUAAAUCAGAUUUUGGGGGCAGAAAGCUGAUAUUAGGUGUUGAUCGUCUCGACACGAUCAAAGGAAUUCCACAUAAAUAUCAAGCAUUUGAGAAAUUUCUAGAGGAAAAUGAAGAUAUGCGUGGUAAAGUUUUGUUACUUCAGAUUGCAGUGCCAACAAGAAAUGGUAUUGGUGAAUAUCAAAAGAUAAAAGACCAAUGUCAUGGACUUGUUGGACGAAUUAAUGGUCGUUUUGGUUCUAUCUCUUCAGUUCCAAUCAUUCACCUGGAUUGUUCUAUUCACUUUCAUCAACUAUGCGCACUUUACGCCAUCACAGAUGUAUUACUUGUAACAUCUUUGAGAGAUGGAAUGAACCUUGUGAGUUCUGAGUUUGUUGCCUGCCAAAAUGCGGAAAAAGGAGUCCUCGUUCUAAGCGAGUUUGCAGGUGCUGGUCAGUCACUUGGUGCUGGAGCUCUUCUUGUGAAUCCUUGGAACAUUAAAGAAGUUUCUAAUGCCAUUGGAGAAGCUCUAAGAAUGUCACCUGAAGAAAAGGAGAGAAAACAUCAAAUCAAUUUUCAGUAUGUGAAAACUCACUCUACUCAACAGUGGGCAGAUGAUUUCAUGAAUAAACUAAAUGAGGUUACAAGUAAACCGGAGCUAGGAACUGGAAAAGUCCCAUAUGAACUUCCACAACAUGAUGUGGUUCAACGAUAUUCGAAGUCUGAGAAUAGGCUGCUAAUUUUUGGCUUUUAUGGAACGCUCACUAAGCCGAACAAAAGCCAAGAGAGAAGAGACGAAGGAAUAAAUCUUGAGCUUCAACCACAGCUCAAAGAAAGACUCAAAACAUUAUGCAGUGAUCCAAAAACAACAGUAGUUGUCCUGAGCAGAAGUGAUAAAAGCAUAUUGGACCAAAACUUUGGAGAGCAUGAUAUGUGGUUAGCCGCAGAAAACGGAAUGUUUCUAAGGCAUGCAGCUGGGGAGUGGGUGACCAAGAUGCCAGAAAACAUGAACUUGGAAUGGAUUGAUGGUGUUAAGCAAGUUUUCAAGUACUUCACUGAAAGAACUCCAGGAUCCUACUUCCAAACAAGCGAGACUUCGGUUGUAUGGAAUUACCAAUAUGCAGAUGCUGAAUUUGGAAGAGCUCAAGCAAGAGAUAUGUUGCAACACUUGUGGGCAGGACCAAUCUCUAAUGCAUCAGUGGAUGUUGUCCAAGGACGCUACUCUGUUGAAGUCCACACGGUUGGUGUAACAAAGGGAAGUGCAAUGGAGCAUAUCCUCGGAGAAAUAGUACUACAGAAUACGUCGAUAACUACACCAAUUGAUUAUGUCUUAUGCAUUGGUAACUUCUUGGGGAAAGAUGAAGAUGUUUAUACCUUCUUCGAGCCCGAGUUAACCGAUAAAACCAAGUCUUCUCCUUAUCAUGGCAGUGGCUGCCCCAAGAAGGUAUCAUCGACAGUUGUUGACGUAAAAGAAGAGAACUACUUCUCUGUAGCUAUUGGGACAACGCACACAAAGGCCAGCUAUUUCCUUGACUCAUCUGAUGAUGUUGUGGAACUGAUCAACAAGCUUUGCACAGACGAAAAUGCUUGA